AUGCUCAGCGAUGUUCUCAUUUUGUCCGGCACCGAUGUCGUGCUUAAUCGACCUGGACUCUACCGUUUCCGCGGCGUGACAUUCGACCAUGAGAUAUGUGAACUUAUGUUGACAGCGACAACAUGCAUGACGAUAGCCACAAUCGCCGUCGGCUCUCAAGCUUUCCCGCGCAUCGGCCCCAGCGAAAUUGACCUUACCACUGGUUCCGUCGCCGGCGAUGACACCCCUCCCGGUCUCGACGAUGUUCCGGCAACCAGCACAAGCGUGCCGCCGUAUUCAAAAGUAAAGCUAGUCCAAGCCGUUAAAACCAUAAGCGGCGAGAUCUUGCUAAACUGCACCGACCGAACCGGGACUAGUAGCGGCUCCGACCUCGAGCUGAUCGACCAAGUUAAAGCGGUGGUGCGAAUCCCGGUUGCCGGGGCGAGCGGAACCGGAAACCCGGGACGCUCCGAGAAGAAGAAUUAUUUCCUCCAAGUCUUCGAUACCGAUACCUGGAACAACCCAAUAGCUAUCGUUGGUUAG